UCCCUCACCAUUAGAGUUCUUAGCGGUUGAUUCUAUCAAGUUUUUCUGGGUUUUCUUUAAUUAUCUCCAACUUUUUAUUUCUUAAGCAUUUUGCUUUAUUUUAGUUACGUUACUCGUAGCAACAUGAUCGAGCAACUUCCCUCUAUUCUUGAUGCCUCUGCGGAUCCACCUAUUCUCUUUGAUGGAACCACAAGGUUGUAUGUAUCCUACACAUGUCCAUUUGCCCAAAGAACUUGGAUCACAAGGAACUACAAGGGUUUGCAAGAGAAGAUAAAAUUGGUCCCAAUUGACCUCCAAAAUAGGCCAAAUUGGUACAAGGAGAAGUUGUACCCUGAAAACAAGGUGCCUGCUUUGGAGCAUAAUAAUGAAGUUAAAGGGGAGAGUUUGGAUUUGAUCCAUUAUAUUGAUGAAAAUUUUGAAGGCCCAAAAUUGCUUCCGGAAGAUCCCACAAAGCAAGAGUUUGCCACCGAGCUGUUGAGUUACAGUGACACUUUAAAUAAAGUUAACUUCUUUGCAAUUAAAUCUAAAGGGGAUGCACAUUAUGAAGUUGGUGUUGCUUACGAUAAGUUGGAAGAAGCUCUUGCUAAGUUUGAUGGACCAUUUUUCCUCGGCGAAUUUAGUCUGGUGGAUAUUGCGUAUGCGCCAUUUGUUGUCGAAAGGUUCAAGCCUUUGUUUUCAGAGGUAAAGAAUUAUGACGUCACCAAAGGCAGGCCAAAGCUGACCAAAUGGAUUGAGGAGUUGAACAAGAUUGAUGCUUAUACAGCAACUAAGCAUGAUCCGACAGAGUUACUUGGUGGCAUUAAGAAACGAUUGGGAUUGAAUGAAGGUCCUCAAUGCCCCUUGCAGGUUGAACUAUAAACUCUAGCACCUUAUUUAUAUUAUUUAUGAACAUGCACAACUUAAAAAAUCAUUAGAUUCAACAAUUUAUAUUAUCUUAAAAGAAGUUCAGGGAUAAUAAGUGCUUAACCACCUUCAGUACAGGAGAAGCAUCUGCAGUUACCUCUUUAUCACUUCAUGUUAUUAAUUGGUCGAGGUGCAUGAAAUUGGGGAGAAAGUUUAUCUUAUUAUAUUGGAGAAUAGGCCCAACGACUAUCAUCCAAUUGUGGAUAGACCCCAUGCAAUCCUAUUGUUGCAUAUAAGACCCCAGAGUGUUUUUUUAAGUUUUUAUCGUUAGAGAAAGAGAAAAUUAUUUUUUGACAAAUAGACGUCCAAAGGAUAAAAGAGUCCAAAGAUUUCACAUAGGGGUCUCUCUGCAAUAAUAGUAGUACAUGGUGUCUAUCAGCAAUUGUGCGAGGUGUUUAUCCACUUAUUAAAAGACUCUUGCUCUUUCGUACUCUCAAAACUUUAAAAAAUACUAUAUAUAUAUAUAUGGAAAAUAUGAUUCCAAGGAGCCAUCUUAGAUUGAACCUAAGUUUGCACCUCUCAAUGAAUAAGAGUGAGCUAUUUCAAUAGAUGAUCCGCUCCAUUCAUCAUGAUCUAAAUAUCUUAAAACAACUAUAAAAUAAAAAUUAUGACAUUUGAAUAUUUCUAACACAUAUUUUUCGUUGUCUCUUUAGUUGUAUUGUCAUAAAACCGUUAAUUUUACUAUCACUUGAUGCAUUAGUAAAAACAACCCAAUAUGCCUAAUUUUUGGUUUACAUGUCAUCCAAAUCAUAUAGAUCAAAAUAAAUAAAGUGGAUAAAGUAAAUUGAUUGCAUAUAAUCUAAUU